UGUGUGUACUGUUGCAAUAAAUGUCAUAAUAAUUAUAGCUCUAUUUCACAACAGUAGCAGUAGGCACAGAGGAUCUUUUUUCACAUUGGCUGUUUAAAAAACAUUUUUGCAACACAUUAUAAAUGUUGUGGCAAGCUGUGAAAUUCAAAACAAGCAAAUAAUGAUUGAAAAAUCAGGUGUAUUUCAUCCAAGAAAUCAUGAAGCUGAGAUGUGCUACGGAGGAGAAGCUGAUCUACACAAACAUGUUACUGGCUGUAAGAAGAAUCCAGGUCACAAAGGUUUUAUACCUCUUAAAGAUUUCAAUGCAAGUUGUCUCCCCUCACGUUACCAUGGCGACGACCUCAUGUCUGAGACAAUCAAAAGAUUGGCAGCCCUAACUGUCCAGGUAAAGACUAAAUUCACCAGUCUAGAGAGACCAGAGUUUUACCGAGGCACUCAAGUUCCAUAUCCAUGUUAUAAUGACACAGGAAGUCACGUGAUGAGGUUAGGAAACGGGAGGGUGUGUGAUGUGGACAAGUACACAGAGAGUGACAGAAGGGGAACUUGUCGUUGUGCCAAGUGUCAAGUCUCUGCCACACCCAGCAAAGUGUGGGGGGAGGUUUAUGUGUUGACAGCCAGACACGUGGUGUUUGAUGACAGUGAGGCGAGACAGACCAGGUGUGUUUUAGGUUUUGAUGACAAUAAAAGUCCAGGGGUCAGUCUUGAUGGCUGGGAGGUGGUAGGGGGUGAGGCAGACAUAGGGGGAGACGUGUGUAAUUUGAAAUAUGUGACAUGUGACUUAGAGUUGAUUGAUGGACUGGACAAGAUGUGGCGGCGCUUUGCUGAUCUAUGUAGGGAAGUAGAGAACAAAUACAGGAGAUUUCAUGAUGUGGACAAGUUGACCGUUAUAGUGUCACAUCCUCAUGGCUGUCCUAAACAGGUCUCUGUAGGACUAUGGACACACAAUAGUAAGAGGAAUAGCUGGUACACCAGGUACUGGUACACAACAUGUACAUGUCCUGGCUCCAGUGGAGCGACUGUCUACAGGAUGGGAUAUGACGGGUUGUGGUAUCAACAUCCCCACAGUGGAUCAACUUGUGUAAGUUGAGAUAUGUGACAUGUGACUUAAAGUUGGUUGAUGAACUGGACAAGAUGUGGCGGCACUUUAAUGGUCUAUGUGAUAAAGUAAGGAACAAAUACAGGAGAUUUGCUGGUGUGGACAUGUUGACCGUUAUAGUGUCACAUCCUCAUGGCUGUCCUAAACAGGUCUCUGUAGGACAAUGGACAAACAUACGUGAGAGGAAUGGCUGCACCAGGUUCUGGUACACAACAUGUACAUG